AUGAGGAACCACAUUCCUCCUAAUGCCAUCCAUGGACAGAUUAUUUUACUUCAAGACGUUUAUCUAAUACCCCAAUGCCAGCUAUGUAAAGAACUCAUACAUAUCAAUGGUAAGCCAGCUGCGCCUAUAAGAGAAGAACAGCUCAUGGAUCAGUUUUCUGUGGCAUCAAAUAAUGAGGUAUCUGUGGAUCUAGUGGGACUAUUCCCGAAAUCUCAGGGUUUCAGAAAGAUUCUCCCGAAAGAAUCAAAGAAACAGGAGUAUCUCGGGUUCAUCAUUCUGAAUUAUGUUUCUAACAUUGCUCAUCUUAAUAUUGAAAAUGGUUUGAUAAAUAAUACUGGUGUUGAUAAAACUCUUUGGAAAUACUUCAAGUGUCAAAAUUCUGACUGUGGAUCCUACGGACGAGCAUGUAAUGCCGAAAAUCAAGUUAUUUGGGAAACAAUAUUUGAGAUGAUAACAUUUAACACAUUAACGAGAGCGCAAUCUACAUAUGCGAUUUCUUCUGGUGUACUAAUUCCCCAGUUUCAACCGAGACUGCUGAUAUUAAAGAAAGAGGGCCACGAGUCUCUUGAAGCAUCAAUUAUGUUAUCGAAAUUUUUCGCUCCGUGGAUUCGAAAUAAAUCAUUAUAUUUAUUCCUGAUACUUGAUCUUAUUGAGGAGCGAGAGAAUGAAUUCUUCUUCUUCAUAUUUGGUAAUAAGGUGAAAAGUAUCGAACAAGGCCUUUGUCCAUUUAUCCCUAGACAUUCGUAUUCUAAUGGUACUGGAAUAAUCGGUGGCUUACAGAACGAUAGAGCUGGUCUCCAAAAUUCAAUUUUCCAGAAAAAGGGAAAUAAUCACCGCAAACCCCCUCAAACCAAAGAAAUAUAUAAAGAUGUGUCUAGCCGAGCCUCAGGAUGGAAUUCGAAAGUAAGGACUUCACAAAAUGACAAUAUGAUGAUGCCUCCACCUAGACCAUUAGCAGAUUCUGGACAGAAUUCACCAUUUGAUAAAAAUCUUACACAACAAGGACAGAAAAAUCACAUACCGGAGAAUGAGAAACCAAAGGAGUCUUUUGCUCCAAUGCAAUAUUUUUAUCCAUCAUGUGAGGAAAAAUCCCCAUCCCAACUUUCAGACUUGUCAGACUUGGGCGAAGAAUCGAAAAAUGUUGAAAAAAUCAAAACUGCGUCUACGACAACCAUCACGACCAAGACAACUGACCUACCUGAUGAUAAAGCAAAUGAUCAAGAUGAGUUGGAGAAUAUCACGGUCCCAUUCUCCAGUCUUCCAAUUCACGAGUUUCUUCCCAGCAGGCAGCCCACGGCAAAUGGCAUCCAAUUCGACGAUCAUAAACUCUUUCUUGAAUGGCUCUUCUACAACCUUAAGGACCCAUACCCAGGGAUUGAUGUUGUUUCCAAUUUUAUACAAAAGACGGGAUUGCUGAAAAGACAAGUGCACAGCUGGUUUAGUAAGGCCAGGACGAAUAAAGUACCGAGAAUGAAGGCUGUGCUAAAAAGGCUUAAGACUGAGAUUUCAUAUUUGCAAAAAUAA